AAUUCUAUCAUAUUCCAUUUCCCCCAACUCUGCAAUUCAUGAUUUUUUCCCGGUUCCGAAGCUAGGAGAUAUGGCGGUUCGCCUCGUCAACGGAUUCCGCUGCUGCACAGUCACACCGUCGCCCACCGCCCUCAGAUGUUGCCUGCGCCACCAUAAUCAUCUUCACUUCCACUCCUCCACUUGCUUCUCAAUUUCCCGGCGAAUUCGUUGUCGCCGCAUAUCAUUUGGCUAUGAGGUGGUUCGGAGGUACUCGGCGCAGAGUCUGGUAGAUAUGGUGAUGGAGGAGCUCGACUCAAUCCGGAAGCGCGGUAUAGCUCGCGCCUCAAAUAAAUUGGGAUUGGGAACUAGUGAUCAGCUUAUUGAAAGUAAGCCUGGAAAGAAGACUCUGGAGAAAGGGUUGUUGCUAGAGUUCAAGAAGGACUCGGAGAGGGUCUUACUAGCAGUUGUGCAGAAACCGGACGGCAAAAAGAACUGGAUGGUUUCUGAUCAGAAUGGUGCGAUGGCAUCUAUCAAGCCACAGCAAAUUACUUUCAUUGUCCCGGGUAUCAAGGACUUUGAUCACAUGGAGAUACCAAACUUUAUUCAGAAAGCACAAGAUAAUCUGGACCCAGCACUGCUUGAAUUUGCGUGGAUUGAGCUUGUUGAAAAGAAUAAAUCAAUAACCGUGGAAGAGCUUGCAGAGAUGAUGUUUGGUAGUGCAGAACCUCUGGAGAGCUAUUCUGCUCAUUUGUUGCUUUCAAAGGAUGAUAUAUACUUCACAACAAUGGAAACUAAAGGUUCAUAUUCCGUUUAUGGGCCAAGACCUGCCGUUCAGGUGGAAGAACUUAUGCGCAGGAAGCUAGUCAAAGAGGCUGCAGAGAGGGAACUUGAAGAGUUUGUCAAUUUACUGAGAUCUGCCAGGGAUGCACUGUUUCAUGAGAAGCCCCCGAAGUCCAUGUGGAGCUCUGAAGAGAAAAAUCAAACAAAAAUUGAGAUUCUUCAAGCAUAUGCAAUUGAUGAUUGUCGGAAUGAAGAUGAAAAGAAGACUGCUGGGAUGAUUUUGAAGGCCAUAGGAUUUCCUAAAACAGCAUCAGCAGCAAUGAAUCUCCUCAUCGAUAUUGGUUAUUUCCCAGUACACGUAAAUCUUGAUAUACUGAAGCUCAACAUUCAUACUGAUUAUGCAGAAGAGAUUCUUAUGGCCGCCGAAAGGCUUUUGCUCGAGUCACCUGACCAAGACGAGGUUGAGAGGAAAGAUCUCACUCACUUAAAGGUUUAUGCCAUUGAUGUUGAUGAAGCUGAUGAGCUCGAUGAUGCACUGAGUGCAACUAGGCUUCAGGACGGCCGUAUAAAGAUCUGGAUCCAUGUAGCAGACCCUACAAGAUUGGUCCAGCCUGGAAGCAUCAUAGACAAAGAGGCAAUGAAGAGGAGCACUUCUGUGUUUUUACCAUCUGCUACAUACCCGAUGUUCCCUGAGAAGUUAGCCAUGGAAGGCAUGAGUUUGAAGCAAGGGAAGCACUGCAAAGCUGUUACAGUUUCAGUUGUGCUGCAUGGUGAUGGUGGAAUUGCAGAAUACUCAGUUGAAAACUCAUUCAUCAAACCAACAUAUAUGUUAACUUAUGAGAGUGCAACAGAACUCCUUCAUUUGAACCUGGAAGAGGAGGCUGAACUCAGACUUCUUUCAGAGGCUGCUACACUGCGAUUUCAAUGGCGUCGAAGGCAGGGUGCAAUAGACGCAUCUACAUUAGAAGCCAGAAUCAAGGUGACCAACCCAGAUGAUCCAGAGCCCUUGAUCAAGCUGUAUGUGGAGAAUCAGGCAGAUCCUGCUAUGCGUCUUGUAUCUGAGAUGAUGAUACUUUGUGGCGAAGUUAUGGCCACUUUUGGUUCUGUGAACAAAAUUGCCUUACCUUACCGGGGACAACCUCAGUCAAAUAUUGAUAUAUCUGAUUUUGCUCAUCUUCCUGAAGGCCCUGUUAGGAGUUCUGCUAUAGUUAAAACCAUGCGUGCUGCUGAAUUUGAUUUCAGGAAGCCUACGCGCCACGGAGUUUUAGGACUUCCUGGAUAUGUUCAAUUCACAUCUCCCAUACGUAGAUAUAUGGAUCUACUUGCUCACUAUCAGGUAAAAGCAUUUCUCAGGGGAGAUUCUCCUCCUUUUUCAGCAGGACAGCUGGAGGGGAUGGCUUCUAUGGUAAAUAUGAAUAUAAGGUUAGUGAGGCGGCUUAGCUCUAGCAGUCUCCGCUAUUGGAUGAUAGAAUACCUGAGACGGCAACCAAAAGAAAAGAAGUUUUCUGCCUUGGUCCUUCGAUUCAUCAAAGAUAGAGUUGCUGCAAUACUCUUGAUGGAGGUUGGAAUACAAGGUUCUGCUUGGGUAUCUCUAGGUGUACAAGUAGGUGAUGAAGUAAAAGUUGUGGUAGAAGAAGCACAUCCACGUGAUGAUGUUCUUAUAUUUAAGGAGGCUCAAGCAAUUUAGAGACUCAAUAUGGUGAAACGCACUAGCUGCAAUCUGAUUUCAAGAUUCUCAUGAACAGCACCCUUGAAAUUGGAAAACGAGAAAAGAGACGUUGCUGCGUCAUGAAAAGAACAUGGUUUUUGCUUCAAUGCUGUAUAUCUGGUGGUAUCAAUACAGAAACGCUCAUGUGCUAAUUAUAAAGAAAGGACUAAUUUUUGGGCAGCUGCAGGCAACUAAAAUAUGAGGGUCAGCUUAGUGCAGGGCAGUAGGAGUCUCUAGAAGAGGAUACUGCGGUAACUUGUGUGUAUUUAUAUCAUUGGCAAGAAGCAAGUUGCCGAGAUGUUCUGAUAAUUUAUUUGAAGCAAUGUCGCUACUACAUUUUAUAUUCUUCCACAGACUUUGAUUAGUGGUUCGUGCUCCGAGUUGAGAAGGUUCUUGGUCUUCUCCCUAGGCUAUCUUCUGUCUGUAUAUAUUACACAAAUUUUGGUGGGACGAUUUUGUAUUCAAGUGUAUCUAGUAAUUUGGUGAUCAGGCAGAUAAAAUACUCGUUCUUGCA